AAUCAAGUAGGGGAAUUACGGACAAAAUGACAUAUACGGACAAAACGACACAGUGGGCUUAUUUCGAAUUUGGCGGGCUAUAGCGACGUCACGAACCUAGCAACACGCGGCGGCGGCCAUGUUGGCAAUCCUGCGAGGUACCCAGCGCCAUUCGGUUAGUCUGUUUGAAGUAACGAGUCGAAACGUGUUUCGUGUAGCCAAAAAAAUUAUUUAUAAAUGGAUUACACUGGAUUUUUGGUGAGAUGCCGCGGAACUAUCAAAGAACAACAAACCGACAGUCAUGGAGCAAGGAAUCAAUGGAGCAAGCCAUUACAGCAUGGAAAGAAAAUAAAAUGGGUUGGGAAUUGGCUGCAAAAACUUUCGGGGUUCCACAAGCUACUUUAAGAAGACAUGCUCUAAAUAAGAAUAAAAAUUUAGAAUCAAGUAGUAAGGGACUUGGCAGGUUUAAACCAACAUUUCCAUUAGAAAUAGAAAGAGAAUUAGUGGACCACAUCAAAUUUUUGGAGACUAGACUUUUUGGGUUGACGCGUACGGCAGUCCAGGAGCUAGCCUUUGAACUAGCAGAGAAAAACGGGUUUGAUCACGCAUUCAACAAAGAUAAGAAACGUGCUGGACAGGAGUGGCUUGAGAGUUUUCUGAAAAGAAACCCUGAUAUAUCGUUACGGUCUCCAGAACCAACUUCUGCAGCAAGAGCACAAGCGUUUAACAGACCUCAAGUAAAAAGAUUUUUUGAAAUUUAUGAAGAGUUUUUGAAUAAAUAUAAGUUAGAACCUCAGCGUGUUUAUAACAUGGACGAAAGCGGGCUAACCACCGUCCAAAAACCGCAAAAAAUUUUAGCUACGAAGGGCAGGAAGCAAAUUGGCUGCCUCACAAGUGCUGAAAGGGGUUCUAAUGUGACAGUGGUGUGCUGUACAAAUGCCAUUGGUUCAUUUAUUCCACCAUGCAUGAUUUUUCCUAGGAAAAACAUGAAAAAUGAACUAAUAGAUGAAGCUCCUACUGGCACUCUAGGACUGGCACAAGAAUCAGGAUGGAUGAACACAGAUGUGUUUGUAAAAUGGUUGAAACAUUUCCAAUUGUACACGAAAGCAAGUAAAGAGGACCCGGUUUUGCUUAUUUGUGAUGGUCAUGCAAGUCACAAAACUAUUGAAGCUUUGACAUAUGCUAAAGAAAACGGCAUUCAUAUGCUGUGUCUACCUCCACACUGCACACAUCGAAUGCAGCCCUUGGAUGUAAGUAUUUACGGACCACUAAAAACGUUCUACAAUCAAGAAAUCUCUAAAUGGUUAAAGAAUCACCCAGGACGCGUUGUUACCCAUUUACAAAUUGGAAAUUUGUUUGCUCAAGCAUACGGAAAGGCCGCAACGGUACAAAAUGCAAGUAAUGGCUUUAAAAGCACAGGUUUAUGGCCAAUAAAUCCUGACAUUUUUCCAGACUACAUGUUUGAACCAGCUGAGACUACAAAUAUUCCGUUGAAUCAGGUCAACGUUGCAGGUACCGAACCUGAACCUGAACCUGCCUACGAGCGUUUAUCACCGGUUGAAAAUGAAAACCCUACUCCAACACAAGCCGAUUUGGACAACACGAUUGUUUCUACUUUAGAUCCCUUGGAAACACAAAAUACAACGACACAAAUUAAUGCGAUACCAGAAGACGAAGAACGACCACUGACUACAGAUGUUGGAGUAACUAUUUCUAAGGAUUUAGGAACAAAUGUGCAGGAAUCUUUUACAGUUAAAAGCUCUAUAGUAACUCACGAUGAUGGUAUGAAACCAGGCUCAUCAAAGUCACUUGAAUUUCCAAUUGAGAUUCUUUCACCACCACCACAGGGGCAGUUCAUUCGAGGCCAAGGCAAAAGAAAACUCAAUCCUGCCAAAGGAAAUUGGCUUUUAACUUCAACUCCAAAUAUGGAAGAAGUUAUUGAAAAAAAUAGACCAAAAGAUCCAUCCGCAAAAAAGAAAAGACAGGUGAAAAAGGUGCUUUUUGAUGAUGGCAAGUCCAAUAGCAACAAAAAAUCCACUGUCAAAAGCACAGUUGCACCAAAAAAAAGACAGAUGCUAAAGAGGCAGCGUCAAACUUCUCAAACCAUCGAUUCCAGCUCUGAUACUGUUGAUAUUGCAGACGAAAACGAGGACGACGAAGACUGCCCAUGCAUUUAUUGCAAUGACCUUUAUUCGCGGUCCAAGCCGGGAGAAAGCUGGUUACGGUGCAUGAGUUGUUAUCGUUGGGCUCACGCUUCAUGUGCUGAUGUCUCAAGGAAGACUAAGAGAUUUAUUUGUGAACUUUGUUUGUAAAUUUGUGGUAUGUCAUUAUACCCAUAGUUGGUGUGUCAUUUUGUCCGUACUAUACGGACAAAAUGGUUUUUUUGAUUCGUCCAUUGUUUUCUUAAUAUCUAAUUUUUUAUCGUUCCUAUUCAAGUAAAAUACUGUUUUACUGUUAGUCAAUUAACCUAAGAUAAUUUCAAAUGUAAAAGACUGAUUAUAAUUACAAUAAAUAAAGAUUUAUGAUUAUUAAACAAAACACCCUGUCAUUUUGUCCGUAUUU